UUCUAUAUCUAGAGGCCUAGCCCACUACUGCAAUUCAUCGAACCAGUGAGCCUUCUCAUUACCAUGGCUUCAAUCUCCUUCUUUGCUUUCUCUGCUGCCCUUCUCGUCCUCCUUUUCUUCUCCUCUUGGUCUCUUGCACAAAAUCCUGCCCCGACACCUAUUGCACCGGAAAAUGCUUGUAACUCCACUCCUUAUCCUUACUUCUGCAAAUCUGUGCUCCCACAGAAUCAGUCAGGUAGCAUCUAUGAUUAUGGUAGAUUUUCGGUUCGCCGAUCACUGUCUGUGGCGACAAAGUUUUCGACUUUGGUUGAUCGGUAUCUCAGGGCCCGGUUAACACUGUCAACACCUGCAAUCCGGGCGCUGGAAGAUUGUCAACUUCUAGCAGAAUUAAAUAUGGAUUACUUGUCUAGCACGGUUAAUACUAUCAGUUCUACCGGGUCUCUGCCCAGCUUAGAGACCGAUGAUGUCCAGACAUUGCUUAGCGCCAUAAUGACUAACCAACAAACUUGUUUAGAUGGGCUUCAGUCUACUACCUCAGCUUGGACUGUUGUCAAGAAUGGCAUCUCCACCCCUCUUUCCGACGGAAACAAACUCUACAGUGUGUCUCUUGCACUGUUCACCCGCGGCUGGGUUCACAGAAAGAACAAAGCCAAGGGGAGAAAGCUCAUGUUCUCCGACAUGGAAGUAGGUCGACAUGCAGCUGGUCGCUUACCUCUGAUAAUGUCGAGCCGGAAUCGGGAGAUGUAUGAAUCGGUUAGCAGAAGAAAGCUUCUUCAGACAACCGUGCCCGAUGUCCUAGUGAGAGAGAUGGUGGUGGUAAGCCAAGAUGGAAGCGGAAAUUUCACCACCAUCAACGACGCUGUAGCUGCAGCUCCAAACAACACCAAAGCAAGUGAUGGAUACUUUUUGAUUUACGUUGUUGCCGGGAUCUAUGAGGAAUAUGUAUCCAUUUCUAAGAAAACCAAGUAUCUGAUGAUGAUUGGAGACGGCAUUAACCAGACGAUAAUCUCAGGCAACCGAAGCGUAGUUGAUGGGUGGACUACAUUCAAUUCUGCAACAUUGGCUGUGGUUGGAGAAGGUUUCGUGGCAAUAAAUAUAACAGUCCGCAACACCGCUGGGGCAAUCAAGCACCAGGCAGUGGCAGUCCGGAAUGGAGCAGACUUGUCGACAUUCUAUAGUUGUAGCUUCGAAGGCUACCAAGAUACCUUAUACACCCAUUCCCUCAGGCAGUUCUACAGGGAAUGUGAUAUAUAUGGAACUGUGGACUUCAUAUUCGGAAAUGCUGCCGCUGUUUUCCAAGACUGCAACAUAUAUGCUCGGCUGCCGAUGCAAGGCCAGUUCAAUGCCCUCACGGCCCAAGGCAGAACAGACCCAAAUCAGAACACCGGCACUAGUAUUCAGAACUGUAACAUUAGAGCAGCUUCCGACUUAGCAUCUAGCAGUGGCACCACCAAAACCUACCUUGGGCGACCAUGGAAGCAGUACUCUAGGACCGUCUAUAUGCAAUCCUUCAUUGAUAGCUUGAUAGAUCCCGCAGGUUGGAUGGCAUGGUCUGGAGAUUUUGCGCUGACCACGCUCUACUACGCCGAGUACAACAACACAGGGCCUGGAUCAGGGACUACGGAUAGGGUUACGUGGCCUGGUUACCAUCUCAUAAAUGCCACGGAUGCAGCCAAUUUCACUGUCUCUAAUUUCCUAUUAGGGGAUAAUUGGAUACCCACCACUAAAGUUCCUUACACUAGCGGCUUGCUGUGAAAAAUACACUUUGCUUAUUUGCUCUCGAUCUUGUUUGUCCAAUAAAUUUAAUUAUUCAGUCUGAAUAUACAAUUAUCAGAAUUAAUUGUCCCCAUUCCCCAAGCGUGCGUGGCUAAUUAAGCUUGCUUUGGGUGGGGUCAUCUUCCUAUGUAUGUAUUAAUCAUGUUUUAAACACUGAAAACAGUGUUAUUGUAAGAUGUACGCAGCUAGCCCUUCAAUUCAUUCCAACUUCCAAGA